UCAAUAACACAUAAAAUAUUGUAAGAACAAUUUGCCCAAAUUUAAUUUUACCGUUAAUAUCAACUCUCUCUUUACGGUAUCAUCACUCAGUCAUUCAGUAUUCAGUUCACUUUACUUUGAGUUGUUGCUCCAGAAAUAACUUAAAGUUGAGGUCAUGGUUUUAGAACUGCAUCGAAUUACACAUAUGCAAAAGAAUUUGUGGUUAAUUAAUUCAACACUCCUUUUCGUUCGGUUUCUCCGAGAUAAAUUUUCUUUUUAAGCGUUUUUUUAUCAACAAAAAGAUGCAAUUUUUACGUAAGAAUCAGGUUCUCGUUUCCACCUCUUCAAAGAAAACGCUGCCUUUAUUGGAGAAAGUUAUAACCUGAUGAUACCGCGUGGAGAGAUACCUUCCUUUCCAACCUUCUUCUUUUAGUUCUUCACUCUUCUAUUGAAACCACGUUUCGUUAUUCCGCGAGCGUUCCAUCAACUACUUAAAUAACAAGUUGGGGAUUUUUUGUUUAAUUGUUCAUUAGUGUUCAAGAGAGUGGUGUGCAUCUUUAAACAUAAAUGUUAAAAUUAAAAGAUAUGGAGAACAUCUUUUGAUUUGAAUUUUAUCAUAAGAAGAAAUGCUAAGUACGAGGAGACAAUCGAGAUGGGAAACAUCGUUUAUUUCAAUUUUAUUCUUUUUGCGAUAAUUUUUCAAAUCACCUCCGCAACAAAUCAAUCAGAUUUUACCAACUCUACCUCAACAGAAAAUAUUUCUACAAAAUUUAUAUCGAGAAAAAUUCUAAAUUUGUUUAAUUGGGUUAAAGAUCAAUCACAACAUGAGGAAACAUUCAUAGGACGAUGUCUAGGUAUUGGAAAAAAACUUCGUUUUGCAAUGCCAUUAGUCAUUUUCCUGUUAGGAGUGAUAAUAACCACAAUGAAAUUUCUUACUUUAUUCACUUUAAAAGGUGUUGGGAUUGGUUUAGCGAUUUUAAUGUUAAACGUGGGAGGAUUAUUUGCAAAAUUAGGGGCUCUCUUUAAACAAAAUAACCAUCAGCAAGAAUACAAACAGCCUCAAAACGUUCAUUUUCACAUUCACAAUAAAGAAGAUGGGCAAUAUCACGUUGAUCAUUCAACAACAGGAUGGGCUGAUCGUGUCAGUGAAGGAUUAAGUAAAACAAAUAAUUUCGCAGAGAAAAUGGAAUUAAUUAAUUUGUAUAAACGACUUGGGUUUAAUGUAGAUAACUUACCUGCUUUGAGAUAUUAAUGAUAAAUUUCCUUAUUA